AUGCCUUCAUUUAUUAUGGAAGACAAGUCUGCAGGCGAGAACGUAAUAAAAGACGAGCUGAAAACAAUCUUCAGAGAGCACAUCGACGGAGAUGGAAAGAUCAGUAAACAUGAGUUGAAGAAAGCCUUCAAGAAAUUAGGGUCAAGGUUACCAGGCUGGAGAUCUCGCAGCGCACUUAAAUAUGCAGACACCGACGGAGACGGAAGCAUCAGUAUCUGUGAGAUCGACUACCUUGUCAAAUACGCCGUCUUACAAGGACUUUGUGCAGAUGGAACAAAACUAAAAGAAGCAUACCAGAACAUUGACGAGCAACCGUCUCCAUUGACGAGCUCAAACGAUUUGCCGCUUGUUUGGCAGAGCAGUUCCGUUCCAGUUUCGGAGCUUCUGAAAGCAGAUCCAACAUUUAUUUUUAUUUUUUUUUAA